GGUUGAAAGACUUGAGGUUGCGCUUAGGCAAUGAUGAAACUAAGAUGGCGUUUAAACCCAGACAGGAUGAACGGGGGAUAGCGAAAUUGGUCACAAAUUGAUUUGAUGGGGACGUAAUUCUCACAGAGAUACUCGUUUACAAGCAAACGAGUCUUCAAAGUGGAUCAUCUCUACUCUUAUAAUAAAACAGAAGUGGGUCUAUAGGGGAAGCGACGCUGAAAACGGCCAACUUUACGUGAGCUAACUGGACCUUGCUUGCUAGCUAAUAACGUUAGCUCGUAACAUUACUAGCUACAGUAGCUAGCUAGCGAACCAGCGACAGCUAGCUAGCUAACGUUAGCCAGCUGAGCAAAACAACAACACUGUCAACAGAGGGAGGAGGGUAGUCUCAGGAUAAAUAAUUGUCUACAUGAUUGUCCUGAGUAUUUUGAUUAAAAAUCAAACAAUUAAUAUCUGUCUUGGGACAGGUACGAAACAGAGAAGGAACCAAUAUUUCCAGUGAAACUUCCACGCCAAUUCGCAGUGCCACCCGAGACCGGAGGUGCUGCCUGGGAUGGGCUGAAAAGUGGAGGCCGUAACGUUAGCUUCAGCCUCCCCAAUCGUGACCCAGUGCUGAACAAUAGACCCUGUGAGCUUUCAAGACACCUAAACGGCCCAUCAUAUUAUUGGUGACAUCUGAGUCCAUAAUUUCCUUUUUGAUCACGUUGAACGUGUCAGGAAGAGUUGCUGUCCAAGUACCAGCUAUCUAACAUGAUGUAAGUCUAAUAACGUCACGUUAGCUAUACUCUAGCUAGCCAUAUUUCUUAUCAGGGAAGUUCGCUAAGAUGCUAGUUAGAUACAUCCUAGUUAGCAACUAACUAACUACAGUGAAACUUAAAGUAAACCAAACUGCUUGGGAUUUUCUUAACUUGUCAGUCAUCAAGGACCUCCCGGUAUGUAGCUAGCGAUUUGCCAAAUGACCCAUAUUUUGUGAUGUUUGACAAUGGCCAUAUUCAUUUGUUGACUAACUUGGAUCCCCAUAUUUGGUCUUGCUAAUAGGAACGUGGAUGGAUGCAAUCAGGCCUUUAAAUCCUGUGACGUUUGUAUGUUGCGAUUAGGGGCUUUAGUUAUAUUUUGAGAAUAUGUCCAGCAUUUGAGUAGCAAGCUUCCUCAAAUGUCUUCAUCAUUAUUUUCUAUUGAAAAUAUAUUUAGGAGGCCUUCAGAUGGCAAACCUCAGGUCUUGUGAAAUUGUAGGAAACAAAUCAUAUCCCAGACAGUAUGACUAACUUUUUAUAUCACCAAGUAUCAACAUAAGUUGUUAGUUAGGCAGUGUAUUCUUUUCUGUUGAUGACCAAACACCAAUUUGACCUCAUGAGACAAGAAUGGCACCAUGUAGUAUUUGCUGUGUCUGUAAGGUAGGGGGAGGGGAGAACAGUUACAAAGAACGCCUCCCCCAUAUUGGGUUAACAGGUUUGGGAUUUUGAUGUUUUACUUGAUUUAAGAUUAUAUGAUGUUCCAAUAACUUAUACCAAAUAUUAGAACAGGUUUCAAUUCAAGAACAUUAUUCAAAAGUAGAAGAAUCAUGUAACGUUCGUGAAACAAUUGCCAUUCAAAAUUGUAGGUUGUGUCCCUAGGGGCCCUUUGUUUGAUCUGAAAAACAUACUCUAAAGCAUUGUUAAUGUAUCCAAUUCAAUGUAUGGUACUGUACCUAUGAAUUUUUGAAGAACUGGUAAUCCCAUAAGGAAGAAUACCUUGUGAUUAUUUUCCCCUUAGCCUAACUUUGAACUGGAAGUGGACAUUUUCAAGAAAUGCAUUUGAAAUAUAUAAUUUUUAUAAUAGAUGUGUUUAUGUAGGAUGCGUUGUCUAACAAUACUCAUAACUACAUAAACAAUGGAUUAAUACAAUCUUAGAUUUGGGGUUAUGAUAGGGAAAGACUCCCGAGUGGCGCAGCGGUCUAAGGCACUGCAUCUCAGUGCUAGAGGCGUCACUACAGACCCUGAUUCGAUUCCAGGCUGUAUCACAAUCCGGCUGUGAUUGGGAGUCCCAUAGGGCAGCGCACAAUUGGCCCAGCAUCGUCCGGUUUUGGCCGGGGUAGGCCGUCAUUGUAAAUAAGAAUUUGUUCUUAACUGACUUGCCUAGUUAAAUAAAGGUUACAUUUUAAAAUAAUUUUCCAACCUUUAUAAGACAUGCAUAAAUGUAUUCUUCAAGAAUCAAUGGGUAGCGUGUAUAUAUAUAUAGGGCCUGUAUCAUUCAUAGAAAUGAUUAGCAGGUAAUCUUACAUUGUGCCCAGACUUCUCAUAGUGACAUUUAUUUUGACUGCCAAUCUACUUAGCUAAGUAAGUACCUCCACUGUGUGGUGACUUGACAUGCAGAUUGUUGACCUUACCUGUUGCCAGGGCGAUGGAGGGGGAAGACUUUGUGCCUCCUCCGGAGUGCCCAGUGUUCGAGCCAUCAUGGGAGGAGUUUCAGGAUCCCCUGGGCUACAUUGCCAAGAUCCGUCCAAUUGCAGAGAAGUCUGGAAUCUGCAAGAUUCGUCCUCCUGCUGUAAGUGUUUACUGAUGACAAGCAUCUAUCAUUUAACCCCAUGAAACCUGUGUGGAGUUGAAUACGGUUGUUUUCCUCUGACCUUAGCACACACAAGUAGAUGUCCUCUUUCUCUUUCUUACAAGCUGAGUACAGGAUUGAGUGAUGACAGGAUGACAAGUGUUUACAUCAAACAUAGACAUUGAUCAAAGCUUUCCUCUGCCCACAGGACUGGCAGCCACCCUUUGCUGUGGAGGUGGAUAGCUUCCACUUCACACCCCGUAUACAAAGACUCAAUGAGCUGGAGGUUAAUCUCUCUCCCUCCUAUAUUGUAUCAUUGUAUGGUUGAGUCACAGAAAUGGACUGAAUAGAACGGCCAUCCCCAUUCAAGUCAAUGAUGGCAUAAUGGGUGGACUGGCAGCCAUUUUGAAUGUACCCAUGCCAGGAAGUAAAAGCAGGAAAUGUACCCUUCAGUCUGUGCUGUGAUUUGAGUCAACUCAACUGACAUUACACAAAAUACAUCCCAUUGCAUGAGCUACAUCCGUUAGCAGGAUUUGAAUAAAUAUUCUACGUUACCAUGGCAAUCCAGCAUCAGGCAGCCAUUGCUCAUGUACCCAUGAGUUUACCAGUCAAAUUGCCAGUGUUAGAGCUUCCAAGCCCGUUCUAUUCAUUCUAUUUCUAUGGGUUGAGUCUUGAUAUUGAAUAACUGUUUUAGAAGUCACGUGUUUUGGUUGACUCAAAGAUUAUAUUUUAGUUUUCAUUCUAAUCAUAUUCACUCCUAACCCCCCUCUCCUCAGGCGGAGACACGAGUCAAGCUGAACUACUUGGACCGGAUCGCCAAGUUCUGGGAGAUCCAGGGAUCCUCCCUCAAGAUCCCAAACAUCGAGAGGCGCAUCCUGGACCUCUUCAGCCUGUCCAAGGUGCCAGAGCUGACUGACCCAUGUUUUUCAUUUCUCAAUAAACCCCCUGUUGCAUGUCUUAUUUCUGUAUAACUCAAAAAUAAGACAUGUUGAGAGACUCUUUGAAAAAUGGUGAUAGAUCUUACCAUUGCUAACACUAUCCAACAGUACUUUAGCCAGUAAAACUGAGCUGACUGUGCACUUGUAUUAUUUUGUGUUGUAGGUUGUGAUAGAUGAGGGAGGGUUUGAUAUAGUCAGUAAGGAGAGGCGCUGGGCUCGCGUGGCCCAGAAGCUUGGCUACCCUCCAGGCAAGAACAUUGGCUCCCUCCUGCGCUCACACUACGAGAGGAUUGUCUACCCCUUUGAGGUGUUCCAAGCUGGGGCCAGCCUGCCGGUAAUGCUACACUCACCCACUUUGCUCCUGUUCUUUUGUGCUUACACAAGCGAUCUAUCAACUAUUAUGUAUCACACAGAAUUUGACAUGGAUUGACUUACAUUCAUUAUUUGUUUAGCCAGUUGCACUGUUUAUAAAUGGUGUCCAUCCAUAGUCAUGAAUGUAGAAGAGGGUUUAACCCCAGGAUUUCUGUGUGUAGCAGACUAAGCCAAAGCUAUAUGAUGGAGAGGAGGUGCAUAGAGAAUACAAGCCCCAUUCCAUCCCCCUACGCCAGUCUGUCCAGCCAUCCAAGACAAGCAGCUACGGACGCCGAGCCAAUCGUCUCCAGCCAGACGUGAGUGACCGCACACAAGCUCCAAUGACCGAUGUACAUAAUUUCCCUCUUAACAGUAUCAAUCUGUGUAUAGUUCACAGAUCUUAAUAGAAGUUGGUUAUUUUUACUCAUUGCCAUGAUCAUGUUGAUCGUUCCAAGGAUUUAAGCAUUCACCCUCCACAACCAUCAUCUAUAAAUAGCCAUAUUUAACCAGUCUCAUUCAGGAAAGGGGUCCAAAUCUAUUCAUUGGAUGGUGAUGUACUGUCUUCUGAGAAUUUGUAGUGAAACUAGUGCUCUACACUGGUUAUCACAGAUCUCAGUUAGGGGUAACACCUGCCGUUAACACAUCUUACUCGUAGAUUUUUCCCACUGAUAGUCUACAUAGUUUUAUCUUCUAUCAGUGAUGCAUUGGGUUAGGCAAGAAGAUAAAUUUGACAUACGCCCAUACAAUCAUGUAAUAAUAUGCAUCUCUUCUUUUCGCAAUGAAAAACGGAAUUACUUUUCAUUCAUAUCGUUGUAUUCAUAACUUAAUCUGAUUUAAAUUACACCAAAUGAGUCAUUCAUCCAAAUGAAUUUAAUCUGAGUUCCAGCUCUUUCAAUCCAAAUUGGGAAAAAACAAUCUAGAUGGUCUUCUAGAUGAAGAGCUGAUGAUGCACUCAGAACACAUCCAGCAUGCUCUGUGUACCACUAUGCUGCUGCUACUGCCUUUUGCCCCAUGUUACACUAGCUCCCGUUAUACGCUAUAUUUUACACUAUAUCCCCCUCUUUCUUUCUUUCUUUCUUUCUUUCUUUCUUUCUUUCUUUCUUUCUUUCUUUCUUUCUUUCUUUCUUUCUUUCUUUCUUUCUUUCUUUCUUUCUUUCUUUCUUUCUUUCUUUCUUUCUUUCUUUCUUUCUUUCUUUCUUUCUUUCUUUCUUUCUUUCUUUCUUUCUUUCUUUCUUUCUUUCUUGUUCAUUUUGUCACCCCUGCCAUUGAACAGGGUACCCAUGUCUUUCACCCAUGGAAUACAUUUUGUUUUGUACCAUUUUGCUUUUUAAAGUGGUGGUGUGGUGAGAUCUUUGAUUUGCUUCUCAAUAGGUCUUACUCCAGAUUUUAUUUAAACAAUGGCAAGAAAUGCUUAAAGGGAUAGUGUGAGAUUUUGGCCAUCUACUUACCAAGAGUUAGAUGAACUCAUGGAUACCAUUUUUGUGUCUCUGUGUCCAGUAUGAAGGAAGUUUGAGGUCGUUUUGUGUGUGUGAGAGAGCUAUCAUAACAGCUUCAAGACAAGUUAGUAAUGAACAGUAGCUUAUUUUCCAAAUAUUCCAACCUAAGAAGGUAUUGUCCUAAAGUUGCCGCUUUCAAAAAUAACAAGAAUGAAAGUCGAUAGCCUAAGCCUAGGCUAUUCUCAAUCAGCUUUAUGAGAGCGAGAACAAACAAUAUUAUUUAUUUCCUAUUAUUUUAUGAGGGAAAUAAAGCAACUAUUGCCCUGGCUUGUAUAGGCUACCCUAACUCAAUAAGACAGCCUGGUCCUGAUCAGACUCCAUCAUUUGGAGACUCCUCCACCAGAAAUGAAUAUUAGAAAAUAUUUGCCUGCAUUUAGCCUCAGCCCAGGCUUUCAACAACAUUAUCUUACAUCAUUACAUUUGACAUUUUAGUCAUUUAGCAGACGCUCUUAUCCAAAUCUUAUCAUGAUUUGUGUAGUUCUAGCAUUUGAUUUCACACGGUCAUUUUAGCCAGGUUUUUAAAAAUGUUUUAUUUAAAAUAAAUAUGAAUAAUUGGGUUGGCCAAUAUAACAAUGUUUUAGGGGUACAUAAUCAUGAUAGGACAAAGGUUGACAGCUGACAGGUAGCACUGGACACAGCCAUACAAAUGGUAUCCAUGAGUUAAUCUGACUCUGGGUAAGUAGAGAAAGGGCUUAAAAUCUUGCACUAUCCCUUUAAACUUUACACUGAGAUGUCAUCAGAUUGAUCAUAGUCCACCAUAAGAAUCUGAUGAUAUGGUUUUGUUUUAAACCCAAGUAUGCAUCCUUGUGUGUUUUUAUAUUACCUAGGCCAGGGGACUCCAACCCUGUUCCUAGAGAGCUACCCUCCUGUAGAUUUUCGCUCUAACCCCAGUUGUAACUAACCUGGUUCAGCUUAUCAACCAGCUAAUUAUUAGAAUCAGGUGUGCUAGACUAGGGUUGGCGUGAACCUACAGGCCGGUAGCUCUCUGGGAACAGGGUUGGAGAGUCCUGACCUUGGCUAUGCGUUCUCUGAGGGCUCAGUUCUAUACAGAUCAAAAAGUGCUUGCGAUGUGAUCAGUUCAAGCACAGCUAUAUUUGGCAAACACAUUGUCUACCCACACCUAUUACAAUCACACACAAGUAAUUAUAUUUCAUCACACCAGAUUUCCAUCUCUCCAUACACAUUUUCUCCACUCUUCCAAUGGCAGUUUUUUCUCCUCAGCCACUCUUUUUCUUCCUCCUCCUGUCUCAGUUCUUUGUUGCUGUUGUCUUCCUAUGCAGGGUCCAGAGGAUUCUGCCCCCCACCCUCUCUCCACUGGCUCUCAACACAUCUCUACAUCGGUACUGCCUGUCUCUUUUGAGCACAAUGCGAGUGCUCGCUCUCUCCCGGCUCUACCCUCGCCCGUCUCUAUCUGGCUCGAUUUCUCUAGGAACAAACGCCUCGCUCUCUCUCUCUCUCGCCUUCUUUAUUUGCGGCAGGGCCCUUGCCAUCCUUUUAUAACUCUUAACAAACAUCACCAUUCAAUAGCCUAGCAUCAAGCUUUAGCUGUCUUUAGCCCUUAUUCCACUCACUCACCCACCCACUCACUGUUUGUCCCUGGCAACAACUUAUGUAAAUGCAUCAGCAAUUACCUGUCUCGCCUGUACUUGUUUAUGAAAUCAGUGUGAAUCUCCCUCUCUCUCCCCCUCUCUAUUUACUGCUAGUCAGUCUCUGUGUGUCCUUGCUUAACGCUUCCAUUCCCUCACUUCUGCAGCGCUAUUAUGUGACUGCAUGUGUUCUGUUAGAGUGCAUCGGUCUGUUGAACACCAGUCGGUUGUGUGACUGCAUGUGUUCUGUUAGAGUGCAUCGGUCUGUUGAACACCAGUAGGUUGUGUGACUGCAUGUGUUCUGUUAGAGUGCAUCGGUCUGAACACCAGUAUGUUGUGUUUGGCAAGAACCCUGUUAGACACUCCACUUGGCCUUUUGAGAAAGUAAAAUAUUUGGAAAAUGUAAACGCAGCUUUGUACAUUUAUGCUCUCAAGCAUUGCCCCUUCAGAAGUUAGGAACACCAUUUUACAGAUUUAGGAUCUGAGACAGAUGACACCUCACAACCUCGACUUGAGUGAAUUUGUUAUUUUAUGAAUCACUAAUUUCAGUUCAGCUGAGUUGAGACUUGUAUGUAGGUUCCCCAAAUUAUUUUCCUUUGUUGGUACGUGUGUCUAGACGUGUGUUUGGAUGCUUUUUCUUAUAACACGGUGGUGGGUCGUUACCUUUGUUUAGUAACUGUCAAUAGUCACAGAUGUGUGACUGUAUGGAGAGGUUCUACUCUCCUAGCCGAUCCUCUCCUCUAGUACUACUAUUCUCCCUCAUCCUCACACUAUCUCCUGACCCUUCUGCUUCUCCAUUCCCUCUCAGUAUACCUGAAAGUAUAUUGGUGUUGCUCCCACCACAUCUCCAUACUGACCUUUUGACAUCUGUCCCCUAGCCUGAUCCCACGGAGGAGGACAUAGAGAAGAACCCAGAGCUGAAGAAACUGCAGAUUUACGGUGCGGGGCCUAAGAUGAUGGGGCUAGGACUGGUGCCCAGGAAUAAGAGCAUUCCCAAGAAAGGUAACAUAACUCUGCCACAAUCACUCACCCCCCUACCUGGUUGUGUUUGAAAUGUGGGAUCUGGUCAAAAAGUAGUAUUCUAUAGAAUGCGGUGCAAUUUCAGUGUGUGUUGAAUGCUGGGUUACAGCUGAUCUUGACCACUUCUCCAAUUUCCCUCCUUCCAGAAGAGCUGCCUCAGACUGUGACUGUCCGGGCUGCAGCUGCUGUCCAGGUCAAGGAGCAGCCAGGGGAGGUCAAAGAGAAAGGAGGAGAUGGCAGCACAACCACCACGGCUCCUCCUCCCUCUGAUGCUACGAUAAAGAGUGAGAUGAAGAAAGAGGAAGAGAAAAAUGAGGAAGGUGGAGAAGCUCAUGACAACGGGGACCAAGACAAUGGUGAAAAGGGUGACGGGCCCUGCACCAAGAUGACCAUGCGGCUGAGACGUAACCUCGGCAACCCUCCGUUUGUAAGGGCCUUAGCCUCCAUUCAUGUUUAUGGGCCAGUUACACAGGCACAGAUUAAGGUUUAUCCUGGACUAAGAAGCAUGAUCACUGAAGAUUCUCUGUCUGGGAAUCCAGCCCUGUAUGUUAUGUCUGAUCCAAAAUCAGAUGGAAUAGAUAUUCGAAUCAUAAGGUGGCAAUUUAAAUGGGAAAAUAAAUUAAGCUAGUUGAUCACCAUCUAUGCUGUCAGUAAUUUAAUGGGUAAACAAUUUACAUGUACUAUUUCGUUAGUCAGCUCCUUUCCAACAUAUUUGAGUGUGGCAAUUUAAAUGCAGAACUUUAAUUCUGUUUCACUUAUCUGUUCUGCGAAGGUGGAUUCGUUUGUGUGUCGGAUGUGUGGCCGUGGUGACGAGGAUGAGAAGCUCCUGCUGUGUGACGGUUGUGACGACAACUACCACACCUUCUGUCUGCUGCCUCCUCUCACUGAGGCCCCCAAGGGCAACUGGCGCUGCCCCAAAUGUGUGGCCGAGGUGAGAGAGAGUCAUAAACCGUCUAAAAAGAAAUGAUCACGACAGCUGUGAUGGAAACCGGACGUUUCGGGAACAAUUUCAUAAAUGCCGACAGAUAAUUUGUUCAUUCCACAUGGUGGGAUCUUUUUGUGUCUGUAAAGGUAAUUACCGGUAUGCGAGAAAUGGCGGUGGAAACACCUUUUUAUGCGCAAAUAUUGAUAUAAUAACCAUCAUAUCGAAGUACACUUGGAGUCACGAGAUGAUAUGGUGUGUGGUCCUCCCACUAUGACUUGGGAAACCAUGCAGUUUAUUAAGCUACAAAUGAAAUAAGUUAUGAACUUCACAGGGUGGUGAAAGUGCACGGUGAUGAGCUUGAUGCUCCUUUCCAAUAAAUAUGGAGGGUCUUAUUCUGGUGACAUGAUGAUCGAUGCUUGACUGCUGUUUGACAAAUACAAAUAUUCUUCGCUCUUAUCCAUAAUAAUCUCAUCAUGUAGACCAGCCUACCCACACAGCCUACCCACACAGCCUACCCACACAGCCUACCCACACAGUAUCUGCCAGCUGUUAGGUAGAUUACAUGUGCCAAGACCAGAGUAGGCACGUUUGCUAUUUAACACAAUAGUUUUUGUGACAAAACUGUCGGUAGAGUUCAAAAUGCGAUGGAAACACAUUGAAUGUUAGAUUUGUAUUCGGUACUUGAAAACUUAAGCGAAAAAGUAAAUUUUGUGUGCACUAUGCACUGAUUUUUAUCCGCAACAAGUCUGUUUGGUGGAAACACCACUAGUGGGAAAUGAGCAUAUUUUCUUUAUGCACUUUUUAAAAUAUUCACAUUAAACUGUCACCAAUUGGAUGCAAAACUAGCUAUUGAGACCCACAACAUCCUGUUGCGUCAAACAAACAUCCUGCUAUGUGGGUGCAGCCAUCCACCGUCUAAUUCAUCUGGAGCCUCUGUGCAUAUUUUAACCUGAGGAGUCUGUGGAGUCAUUGAAGCAGUUUUCUGGAAGAUGUAGCUUGUAGGGGAAAAGUGUGUGAUGGAUGGAACCCGGGCUGGAGGCCUGGUCAGGAGAAUUAUAACUAUGUCUAUCGAACACAGGCUAUUGACAUGUAAACCUGUCAAGAAAAACACUGGAUGUAAACUUUGCAUUAUAGUCAUCUGUAUGUAUGGUAAUUAUUAGAUUUGCCUCCAUCCAAUCCAUUUCUUCGAUGGCCUCAUGUCUGCCUCUCCUUUUCUUCCUUUUCCCUCAGGAGUGUAAGAGGCCAGCGGAGGCCUUUGGUUUUGAGCAGGCUACUAGAGAGUACACCCUGCAGAGUUUUGGAGAGAUGGCCGACACCUUCAAAGCAGACUACUUCAACAUGCCUGUCCAUGUAAGUGCACCUGUACAACCUAUAAAUGAACACUUUGCUCUGAUGUGGAGAUAAACUAAUCCUUACUAAUGAAGAAAUGCUAGUUGAUUAUAUUGAUACAUUAUAUUGUUGGUGUGUUACUAAUGUCCGUGUGUGUGUAGAUGGUUCCUACAGAGCUGGUGGAGAGAGAGUUCUGGCGGUUGGUCAGUAGUAUAGAGGAAGACGUGACAGUGGAGUAUGGAGCAGACAUCCACUCUAAAGAUUUUGGUAGUGGGUUCCCCAUGAACAACGGCACGAAGAACCUCACACAAGAGGAAGCGGUAACUAUCAACCUUUUCAUAUCUCUCUCUCACUCCUGUUGUCUUGUCCUUUAUAUAUCGUUCUUUAAAUAUACAGUGCUUGUCUAUUCUGCUCUCAUUGAUAUGCCAUUAAUAUGAUACUUAUACAACAUAUAUAAAACAAUAUACAUUUCCUCCAAAGCUAAACCUGCUCAGUUUAUCCUGACCGUCUUGCUGUCCUCUUCUGUGUCUGCAGGACUAUGCCCGCAGCGGCUGGAACCUGAACGUGAUGCCAGUGCUGGAGCAGUCCCUGCUGUGCCACAUCAACGCAGACAUCUCUGGCAUGAAGGUGCCCUGGCUCUACGUGGGCAUGGUCUUCUCAGCUUUCUGCUGGCACAUCGAAGACCACUGGAGCUACUCCAUCAACUACCUGCACUGGUAAAUAGGACACUAACUUUACAGUACACAAAACGUUACAACCCCUACAGUAGACAUGGGGUAUUAAUAGGUAGUUCAUCUGUAGAUAGUUGAGAUUGUCCUUUUAUGGCCAAUAGCUUUAUACAGGAUUAUAGAUGUACUGACUGAUAGAUGUGGUUAGUGAGAAACGCUGUUCUCAUCUCCCCCCUCUCUUUCUGUUCCCCUCUCUCCCUCUGUUCCCCUCUCCCCCCUCUCGCUGUUCCCUUUACCUCUCCCACCUCCCUCUGUCCCCCUCUCCCACCUCUGACCCCUCCUCCUCCAGGGGUGAGCCUAAGACGUGGUACGGGGUUCCCUCUGUAGCAGCAGAGCAGUUAGAGGAGGUAAUGAAGAAGCUGACCCCAGAGCUGUUUGAGUUCCAGCCUGACCUCCUCCACCAGCUGGUCACUAUUAUGAACCCCAACAUCCUCAUGGCCCACGGGGUCCCGGUACGUCACACACGUGUACAUUAUGUACAGACAUACACACACACCAGAGUAUGUGAGUGGAGUUGAGCGAGGAGUGGAGCGUGCCCAAUUUGACUGGAGCGAGUUUCCCAAAGGUUGGAGCGUCGGCCUUCUCACCUGCUCCAGUUUAGCUCCAGUAGCGCUCACUUCACCAGCUCAGGGCAUGCCGUCCCAGCAUGCAUUUGUAGUCUACUUGUGUGCUGCUAUAGCCCCUUGAUUUAGCUACUCUCAUGGAGUUUGCUAAAUAUUGUCAUAAAGAAACUGAUAAAACACACAGGUGCAAAAUCAAGGUGACUUACAAAGAUGAAGAGGACCAAGUGCAAGAGAGAGAGAGUGUGGUGAUGUAGUGUCCACAACUAAAGAAUCAUUGUGGAAUCUGAAAAGACACGUAUCCCGAAAGCAUGAUGGUGUACUUGGUACGUGCACAUGCUAACAGAAAUGCAUGAGGUGGGUAGCUAGCUAAGUGUGUCAUUGUAGAAAAGUAUUUAUAAACAACAAAUCUGAUCUCUUAAAAGUUUCGUUCUGUUAUCUAUACAAUAGGCCAUCAUUGAUUUUGGCCCAGUAGGCCUGGCAUAUUACCUCUUUCAAGGAGCUUUCUGUUUUGAUAGGGUUAUGUUACUUAAAAUCCUUUAGGCCUACAUACAGAGAGAAAGAAAGAAAAACGACACCCAGCCUGGCAAGAGUGGCCCGAAGGGUGUUUAGCAUCCCCAGUGGCCUCAAGCGCUAAGAGGGUAUUCUCUGCUGCUAGCCUGCUCUCCAGGCACCAUCGCAUGAGCUUGAAGCCACAGACUGGCCAAACUCAUGUUUCUAAAAAUGAAUUAAAAGGCGCUGUAAUUUGUAAUUAAUUCUAAGGAAAUAAUUAGGCUCCCUGUCUGGCUCCUGACCUAUUUAGAGUGUUUAUAUGCUAUUUAAUACGACAUGAGUGCUUCUUACAGUCACCUUUUCAUGUUGUUUAUUAAAAUACUUUUCAUUCAAAUCAUAUGGUUUGGUUUCAAAACCAAAUGGUAGGUCCAGGUAGGGACAAAAAUAGAUGGGUGUUGGUUAAAUUGUGAUUUUAAUGAAUGGAGCUAAUUUGGAGCUGCAGUUUUUUUUUAGUUUGAGUGAGGAGCGUUUUUUAGCGGAGUGGUUGGAAAGGACGUGGAGCGAUGCGCAAGCACCAUAAACUCUCUUAUAUCCAUACUACACCUCAUCAUAUUAUGGAGUUGAGAUUAUGACAAAUAACUGCGAGAAAUGUUUGUAAACAAUUACCACACUGAUGACCCCCUUCCCUUGUUGCAUUUGAUUGACAGGUUGUGCGCACCAACCAGUGUGCUGGCGAGUUUGUCAUCACUUUCCCCAGAGCUUACCACAGCGGCUUCAAUCAGGGAUACAACUUUGCUGAAGCUGUCAACUUUUGCACUGCAGACUGGGUAAGGCUAUCAUCCGUGUCCUGAGAAUUAAACCGACUCUGAUCUUCCCAACUAUGUCUAUACCCCAAUGGGAGUUUCAUACGUUGUUUUCACCCCGUCAGCUCCCCGCAGGGCGCUCCUGUAUCGAGCACUACCGUCGUCUGCGGCGGUACUGUGUGUUCUCCCACGAAGAGCUGACCUGUAAGAUGGCCGCAUGCCCAGAGAAGCUGGACCUCAACCUGGCCGCCGCCACACACCGAGAGAUGUUCAGCAUCGUCCAGGAGGAGAGGGAGCUACGCAAGAGCCUGCUGGAGAGGGUGAGGCUAAUACACUUGAAGUUGAGCGAGUGUGAGAGACGGGAAUAGAUGCUUGGUCUGGGUUUCCUAUAGGACUGGCUGUGGUUUGGUCACUGACUUGAGCAGUCAGUGAAAUUACUUUGUGGUUUGUGUGAGCAAUUUGAUUGAUUGUUGUGGCUUCUUGCGUUAUAUUGACUAUUUGGUUUAUGUGAGUUUGUAAGAAAUGUUGGUGGUGUUUGUUGUGUAAUACUGACUGUAUGUAAAGCAGUGUUGCUCGGCUGUGUGUUGUGGUUUCCUUAAGCCCUGUGUGUGUUCUCUCAGGGCAUCACAGAGGCUGAGAGGGAGGCGUUUGAGCUGCUACCUGAUGAUGAGAGGCAGUGUGAUAAUUGCAAGACCACCUGCUUCCUGUCGGCCCUGGCCUGUUCAAACUGCCCUGAACGCCUCGUCUGUCUCUACCACACUCAGGACCUCUGUAACUGCCCAACUGACAAACUCUACCUCAGGUACUACGGACUGUCUGUCUGUCUGUCUGUCUCGCUCGCUCACUCUCGCUCUAUGUAUCCUUUAUUUACCACUAGCGCCUUACACCUGUCUCCUCCUCCGUUUUCUUCUCCCUGCAGGUACAGGUACACUCUGGAUGAGCUGCUGGCCAUGUUACACCGGCUCAAAGUGCGAGCCGAGUCGUUUGAUUCCUGGGCCAACAGAGUGAAAGAGGCUCUGGAGCAGGAAGAGGGCAACAAGAUAGGUAAGAACUACACACCCUUAGACCCAAACCAUAAACUUGACAAGAAUAACACUCAAUACUCUUCUGUAGCUGAAUAAUGUCCCCAAAGAAAUGUCUUAAGAGUGAAUAAAAAAUGCAUAUUGACAUUGAGUUCAUGGUUCUCCAGGCAUCACGGAUCUGGAGGUGCUGAAGGCAGAGGCAGCAGAGAAGAAGUUUCCUGACAACGAGCUGCUCCAGAGACUCAACACUGUCAUCACUGACACGCAGCACUGUCAGCAGACCAGCACUGAGCUCCUCAACAAGACACAGACCAGGUAACACACACUGCCAUACCCAAUGCAUUUAGCUCCACAGUGACAUACACGAUAACAAACAUUGCUGUGUAUGUGUUGCAGGAGGAUGACCCUGGCUGAACUCAAGGCUCUAGUGGAGAAGAUGGAGAACCUGCCCUGUGUGAUAAGCCAGCUGGAGGACGUACAGGUCAGGAUCCACCAGCUACAUUGUCCGGCCCUCUCUUCCUUCCCUACUUCCUCUCAUUCCUUUUUAAUUCCCCCUCUCUCAGGCGGUCCUGCGUACGAUAGAGGCGUUCCAGACUCAGGCCCAGGCUCUAGUGAGCGACAGGGACUGGCGGCGAGACUCCCCUCCCCCAGAGCAGCUCCAGGCCCUGUUGGAGCAGGGGGCUGGCCUACUUGUUGAUGCCCCAGAGUGUGAGCUCCUCAAGGGGAUGCAGGAGCAGGGCCGCUGGCUGGGCGAGGUGCGGCGGACCCUGGGGCCCGAGGGGAGUGAGGUGACCCUGGUGGUCCUCAGGAACCUGAUGGAGGCGGGCUGCAUCGUGCCCCAGAGCGUCUCUGUGGAAACGGCCAUGGCAGAGCUGCAGGAGUUGCUGACGAUAGCAGAACGCUGGGAGGAGAAGGCCCAGAUCUGUUUGGAGCAACGGUGAGGGACACCUCAUACUGACUCACGCUUUCAUUCUCUCUUUCACCGUCACUCUUUCUCUUCUCACUGUCUCACCCACUCAUUCAUCUCUCUUUCUCUCUUUUUCUUUUAGCCUCGACUCACUGUUCUCAGGUUGUUUUGCUCUUCCUAAUGUCCUCUCUCUCUCCCGGUGUGAUUGUAGGCAGAAGCACCCUCUGUCCACCCUGGAGGCCAUAGUGAACGAGGCCCAGCUCAUCCCAGUCAAGCUGCCCAACAUCCUGUCUCUCCAAGGCUGUCUGAGCCGGGCCAGGGCCUGGGUCACUGACCUGGAGGAGAUCCAGGCAAGUAGCACCAACUCUUACUGUCUAUCAUAACCUGGGUCACAUUUAAUUGGCAAACGUUGUGCAAUGUUGCAAAUAGGAAGUGCAUGGACACAGCUGAGCGGACGUUAAUUCCUUAUUCUGUCAGAGAAGAAUGCUUGUUCUACAAUAUACAUGUCUAUGACAAUGUUCCACAAUGUUGUGCCCUGCUAAACGUAACCCUGGCUUGUCCUCUGUUAACAUCCCCUUCUCUUCCUCUGUGUGUACUAUAGAAUGGGGAGCACUACCCAUGUCUGGAUGACCUGGAGGGCCUGGUGGCGAUAGGUAGAGACCUGCCAGUCAGGAUGGAGGAGCUGAGGCAGCUGGAGCUGCAGGUAGCCAGCGCCCACUCCUGGAGAGACAAGGCCUCCAAGACCUUCCUGAAGAAGAGCAGCCAGCACAGCCUGCUACAGGUCAGAGAGGCCAGGGGUGGAGAGUGUGUGGGCCUUUUUAGUUCUUUAUUUACAGUUGUUUUGCCCCGCACUGAUUAAAAAUGAUUUGCUGCACAUAUCAAUCACGCUUAAUGGAUAGGGAGGGAAGCCUUGGGACAUAAUCUCAAUAUCUAUCUACAGACUUUGUUGAACUAAGUCUUGGGUGUAUGUUAACAUUGUCAGCCCUAAGAUGUCUUUAUAUGUGAGUGUGUUAGCCAGUAAUGUAGUUUGUGUGUGUGUGAACGUGUGGCUCUUACUAACGCCAUCAGCAUCACAACUUUGUCUUGCUGCAGGUGUUGUGUCCAUGUGUGGAGAUGCGCAAAGAGAGGGGAGAGGAGACAGAUUGUUUAGAUGACACCGAUACAAACACUCUGGGCCUCUCUGCGCAGGACCUGAGAGACCCUGGAGCCAUUGUGAGUCUGCAUGGGGUCUGCCCUAGCCAGACAGUAUGGCUGUCAGGUUCUAGUCUGUUCAGUGUGUUAGUGUUACCUACCAGUGUCAGAAUCUCAUAUCCAAAUCCAACAACUUGAUUUGUCCCCUUAAGGCAGUUUCUAUUAGGGCUACAGUGAUGCUUCAGUCACAUACAAAUAACAUGCAGAGACCAUAAAAAGUGCAGUGCAUAAUCCGUCUGUCCCCCUCUAGGUGACGGCGUUUAAAGAGGGAGAGCACCAGGAGAAAGAGGCUCUGCUGAGGCUCCAAAAGGUCAACCUGUCUAAACCAGGUGUGGAGAAGACCGCAGAGAAAGAGGUAAAGACAGAGCAGGAGGACAAGGAGAACGGAGGUGGGAGGUGGGGGGAGGACCUCAUGGAGCUAGGCACACCCCUCCACUCUGAGAACGGGGACAGUAACCACACGAUGACAGGCGGUGCCUCUCCUCCUCAGUCAGUGUGUGUGUGUGGCCGGGCGCCUCGCCCCCCUCUGCUGCGUUGCCACCUGUGUAAAGACUGGUUCCACGGUGGGUGUGUCCCGUUCCCCUCCCUCCUGCUCCCCUCCUCAGCGCCCCCUACCAACCCCCUCUGCUGGUGGGACUGGGACUCACGCUUCCUGUGCCCGCGGUGCCAGCGCUCGCGGCGCCCGCGUCUGGAGACCAUCCUGGCCUUGCUGGUGGCACUCCAGAGGCUCCCCGUCCGUCUGCCAGAGGGAGAGGCCCUGCAGUGUCUCACAGAGAGGGCCAUCACCUGGCAGGGGCGCGCCAAGGAGGCACUGGACACCCCAGAGAUAAAGGGGGCACUAGAGAGGCUGCAGGAGCUCAAACAGAGCCAGCCUCACAGGGAGGGAGAGGAGGAGGAGCAGGAGGAAGAGGAUGGGAAGAAAGGGAACUCUGAGUCGGUGAUAGUGCUGUCAGAUUCAGAGGGAGUGAUAGACCUCACAGAGGAGAACUCUCCCAAGAAAACCCUGAAGAAAGAGAUGAACGGCGGCAGGCAGGCUGGAUGUGAAAACGGCGUAAGCAAGAAAGUAAUGUCUCACCACAAUGUAACAGGUUAGUAGCCAAUAUUGUAACAACUCCAGUCCAUGAUGUUGAUGUAACCCAGUAGACUUUUUCCCUGUGUCUGACUGUACCCCUCUGCACCUCCACCCAGGUGUGGGCUCUCUGCUGCCGCUGGUCCCGUCACUAAAAGGCCCAGUGAUAGAGCUGUCUCCGGCCACCAGGACCCAGCUAGAGGAGUUACAGCUGGAGGGAGACCUGCUGGAGGUGUCUCUGGACCAGACCAGCACCAUCCACAGGGUCCUCCAGGCUGCUUCAGAGCCACAGAGACACACACUCCGAACACUCAUACUGGUGAGUGACCAGGAAACCUUUACCUUUAGCUGUGUAUGUUGUAAUAACUCCUAUGGUGUUGUUGUCCUUUUACAUGUCCAAUAUAUUAUGUUUUUGUCCUGACCCCCCCUCUCUUCAGAUUGAGCUCCAGGAGCAGAAGGGAGCGGGCCAUGGGGGGCGGGCCAAAGACUCCAAGAGGAAGAGGAAGAGCCAGAGGGUCGACACAGAGGCGGAGGGAGUACCCCGGUCCCAGGACACUUCAGAGUCCAAGAAGAACCGGCCCCUCAACCACACUCCCUCCCACAUACCCAUCCAGACGCACCCUGAGGUAACCCUCAGACCCCCUCGCUUUUGUUUUGCUCUUUGGUUUAUAUUCUAUUUUUAGUUCCUACUUGUGUAUUUCUUUAAAACUUUUGUUCAAGAGAUAAUUAGUUACAUGACUUGUUUGAAAGAAGUUGAACUAGUUAAACUCAUGCUUCUCUCUCGCUCUCCAACUGUCUUUGUCUCCCUCUCUCUGUCUCUCUCCCCCUCACUCAGAUCUUGUGAGAUGGUUAUGGAUGCAACACUGGAGAAAGGAAUGGUCAAACGUUUGGAGAUAAAUAGAAUGGACAGAUCAUUCUGGGCUGGAAGACAGCGUCAAACUGUGGAAGGAAAGAUGCAGGCCAUCCCCCUGUAUACAGCUCCCCUGUCUAUCCACUGUAUACAGCUCCCCUGUCUAUCCCCCUGGAUACAGCUCCCCCGUCUAUCCCCCUGGAUACAGCUCCCCUGUCUAUCCCCCUGGAUACAGCUCCCCUGUCUAUCCCCCUGGAUACAGCUCCCCUGUCUAUCCCCCUGGAUACAGCUCCCCUGUCUAUCCCCCUGGAUACAGCUCCCCCGUCUACCCCCCUGGAUACAGCUCCCCCGUCUACCCCCCUGGAUACAGCUCCCCCGUCUACCCCCCUGGAUACAGCUCCCCCGUCUACCCCCCUGGAUACAGCUCCCCCGUCUAUCCCCCUGGAUACAGCUCCCCCGUCUAUCCCCCUGGAUACAGCUCCCCCGUCUAUCCCCUGUCUUCUCAAACACUAACACAGUGA